AUAAUGAUGGUCAGUCAGCUGGUGCAAUAAGAUGCGGCGGCUGCAGGACAGUGGGCGGGGCUUUCCCCGUGGACCAAUCAGCAUCGCGGUCUGUUCCCUUCCUCCCGUAACCUUGGCGCUGCCGGUCAGUGUGGAUGUUCCUGCACCAUGCAAGCUGCUUUUGAGAUAACCGCACGCUACUGUUCUAAGGAAAUGGAGGCAUAUGGGGAAUGCGUCACAUUGAACCCAUCCUCGUGGCAGAGGGACUGUCAUCAGCUGAAAACCACGGUUGCACAGUGCACAUCAUCACACCCAGUUAUUCAAAAGAUCCGUGCAGAAUGUGCAGAGCCCUUCUUGACUUUUGAGCAGUGUUUGAAGCAGAACCAGUCAUCUGUCAUGAAUUGCACAGAUCAUGUCAACAAGUUCCUGGCCUGUGCAGAGCAAGUCAAAGUACAAACCUCAGGUGAAACUAUGCAAUAGGUUUUUUAAUCAGUGGUUGGGCUUGACUCAGUCACAAAUCCCACACAAAGGAGCUGCCUUCAUCACAAAUCUAUCACAGGAGGAAGAUAUGUGACCUGGAGAGGCUUGAAGACCAACUAUCAAUAUGGGAAAUACAUCAAAGUGAAACGUCUGCAUUGAUGAAGAAGAAAUUAAGAUCGUAUUUUUUUAAAGGAAAAAAUUAAACCAAUAUAUAUUAAAGAGAAAUUGAAAGGCAUUGAAAAUCCAGAAUGUUCUGGGGAGAUAACUAUGUAUUUUCUGGUGUUUUAGUGCCGUAGAAAAGAUUAGAAUAAAAGGUGCUUUCCUGUUGCUGAAAAUUGAUAGUUAUGGAUGGCAUUUAAAGCUUGUGAUGCCGUUAAUUGUUGGUAUAUCUAGUCACACAAUACUUUGGAUUAUUCUGCCUUGAAAGGUUGUGACUGAGAGGUGAGGAUGCGGGAAACACUAUUCACAACAGCACAAACAGCCAUGUAUGGUGGUAACAAGAUCUUGCUUUAGGAAUUGCUGGAUAGUAAUGGAGCUAUUUCCAUCCAGUUUCCAGUCUAGCAAUCUGACACAUCCUUGUCCGCUCAGUAAUACCGUGACAGUAAUAAUGGGAAACCUUCCAUCGGACAUAUCAGCACAUGGAAUACACGAGGAUUUCCAUCCCUUCAUCAGCUGAUUAUGUGUUUUUAGACAUGCUGGGCUUCAACAAUUUUUUAUGUCCAUGGCAGUACAUAAUCCCAGAAUUGACCCUGUGACCCCACAGCAGCGAAUCAAAAACUGGUGACGCAUCAGCCAGAGCACCUUGUGCAGCACUGCAUGGAAUCUAUUUCUGGCAGAACAUUCUCAAUGGGCCAAAUGGCCUAAUUCUGCUUAUGGUCUAUUUCUUAGUCUAUAGUUAGUGAAAAAAUUGAAGGUUCAUGGAAAUGUGAUGUAACUUUUUUUUCUUGCAAAUCUCCUGGACAGAUUCAUUGUGGGGGGGGGGGGAGUCAUCCUAAGUGGGAAAAGCAUUCAUCAAUGGUACAUCACCAAAAAGGAACUGGUGGUAUUUGGGGAAGGAAUAGUCAUUAAUGGUAACAUUAAGCAAAACUAGUAUAUUUUUCAGAAGCUACAAAAACCUGGGAAUGAAAUUAGAUUGAAAGUAAGGUCUCAGCCUGAACCGCUGACUGUUUAUUCAUUUCCAUAGAUGCUGCCUGACCUGCUGAAUUCCUCCUGCAUUUUGUGUGUGUUGCUCUGCAUUUCCAGCAUCUGCAGAAUCUCUUGUGUCUCUAGAACCUUGGACAUUUUUGAGGCUUGUGCAUAUUUAUUUAUUGAGAGAUACAACACGGAACAGACCCUACCGACCCAAUGAACCGUACGGCGGGCAACCCACCUACUUCAUUGUCCUAAUCACACGACAAUUUACAAUGAACAAUUAACCUACUAACCAGUACAUCUUUGGAAUGUGGGAUGAAACCGUAGCACCAAGAAGGAAAGCUGCACUCACAGGAAGUAUUUACUAACUUCUUACAGACAGUGUCAGAAUUGAACUCCAAAGUCCGAUGCCCCAAGUUACAAUAUCACAUUAACUGCUAUAGUACUAUGGCACCCCAAUUGUUUUAACAUUUGCAGUUCCAAUUUUUAAUUGAAAUAUUUCAAAAAUCUGGGCUUGUUCAUGUAUACCUUGAAACCUUCCCAUACAGAAAUCGUAGAGUGAAAGGGCAGAAUGAGAUUUUCUUUGAUUUCUGAUGCUUUAUAUUGAGUUGGCUUUGUGGUAAAAUCCUGUUGCAGAAUAAUAACAAAGGAAGGUCCUUCUCUCUGCCCCCCCCCAUCCCUCACUCCUCCAUUGCCCCUUCCUCCACCCUCCUCUCCCUCUCUUCACCCUUUUGUGUGUCUCUCUCUCUCUCUCUCUCUCUCUCUGUCUCUGUCUCUGUCUCUCUCUCGCUCUCGUCUAUUCAAUACUUGAAAGCUUAAAGUCACAUUCCUGGAAGUCCAGCCUAACACAGUAUCUUCUGAGUGCUGCUGCACUGUUACUGAAACUGUCUUUCAAACUGAAUCUACGUUAACUCUUCCACGCGGAUAAAACUUUUAGAAGAAAUAUAAUGGAGAAAACCUUGUAUUUUGGAUUGCUAUUAACUCCCGCAGACAUUAUAAGACCAUAAGACAUAGGAGCAGAAUUAGGCCAUUCAGCCCAUCGAGUCUGCUCUGCCAUUCCAUCAGGGCUGAUCCCAGAUCCCGCUAUAAGACCAUUAAAUUGAUUAUCAGAUCAUUGUUGCAUGCGAUUUUAGAAGAGGUUGCAACAUGGUAUUUCAUUGCCAUUCCUGCUAUAUUAACAAUGUUGGCUGAAUUUCAAUGUUUUUUAUUGGUUGUAAAAGUACUUUCGUAUUCCUGGAAUUGUAGGUUGUUCCAUGGAAGUGGGGGUCUUUCAUUAAUGCAAUUUUACUCUUGGAUAUUAAAGUCUCCUUAGAAAUUAAUGAAGAGUGUGUCAUCUAAAGCAUAAUUAUUAUUUCUGCUGUUCUCCUCCAUCCUUCUUACUUGCGCUCUUGUCAAUUACCAACAGGGUUACUUCACUGGGAAUUGAGGUUAAGCAACAGCACCCUGGAAUAUGAGCCUGUUUCCUUACUGGGUGUAAAGGAGAAAGUAUAACAUGGCAGAAAUUAAGAAACUGAGAUGAAGCUAAGGGGGGUGUGAAAGGAAAAGAAAGCCUAACACUAUUUAUCUUCCUGUGUAACAUUUUACCCUACCAAUAUAAUGUGUUACUAAAAAUAUUUAAUUGCAUUGGCCAUGAAGUUGAUAGGGCACAAAGGUACUGAAACUCAACAGGGGAUAAAAUGGCCUUUGCUUUGCCGUCAGUGGCACAUACAUCAACAACUUUUAAUGAAAACUGUCCAUCUAGAUCUCUGAGGCUUCUGCUUUUCCACCACAAUUGUUGUCAAGGGUCAGAGCAGAGUGAACCCUGCAUUAAACAUGCUGUGUGGCCAGUCCAAGAAUUUUCAGGCAGCCGAUCAGGAGAGAAAACUGCCAUUUUAAUUAACUUUCUAAACAUUUUUGGUGCUAAAUAUAGAUCAGCACAUCCACAUAUGAUGAACUGAAAGCAGAAACGUAAAUGUUUUCACAGUCUUUUUAUAUACAAUUCCAAAUUAUUGUCAUUAUUUCAGUGCUGCUUUAUAGCCCAAAUAGUUUGUAUUCAUCGAGUUUGAAGUAUUUUUGUGCUGUGCACUACAGUGACACAAAAUAGACCUAUAAUAACUAGUUGGUUAUUAAAUUUGCAUUUGUUCAACUAAUUUUUGAUUCUUUUGAAACUAUAAAGGAGCACUGAAUCAACAGUUUGGAUAUUGAUGUGUCAAACUAAAAUGUCCAGAAAUCUGAAAAAAGUCAACGUAAUGAUCCAUUUUUUGCGACCAUAACCAAAUAAAAACUUCAUUGUAAAUGUGAAAUUACAUUUUAUGUAAUUGUUCCCAUGGAAGUACCUUAUUUUCAUUGUUUAAAAUUCAAAAAUUAACUUAUGAUGGGAAUAUGAAAGAAAAAAGCUUUUUCACUAACAUGUCCUUAAUUCUUCAGUUGACUACCUCAUUGAUUUACCUUCAAAGGAAAAAUUCCUUUCUGGUCACUCCAUUUAGGUGUCUAUGUGCAUAUAAAUCACCUUUUGGCAUCCACUUCAAUAGAAAUCAAGUCCAACUCAAAAACGCCUCUCUUCUCACCCCAGAGUUCUCAGUCAUAGAACACUACAGUACAAAAACAGACACUUUGGCCCAUCUAGUCAACGCCAAGCCAGGAAUCUGCUUAGUCCUAUUAUCGACCUGCACCCAGACAAUAGCACCCCAUGCAUGUACCUAACCAAAUUUCUCUUAAAUGUUGAAAUUGACCUCGCAGCCUCCACUUGCACUGGGAGCUCAUUUCACACUCUUACUACCACCUGAGGAAAGGAGUUUCCUUUCAUGUUCCCCUUAAACUUUCGCCUUUCACCCUAAAUCCAUGACUUCUAGAUGUUGUCUCUCCCAACCUUAGUGGAAAUUGUUUCUGAGUUGUUGAGUGUGACUUUUUUGGGCUCCGGUGUCCUUACUCCUGUGUUGGUUCACUCAGAAUGCUUCUUCCUUUAAACAGGACCUUGUUAACACACACAAAAUGCUGGAGGAACUCAGCAGGCCAAGCAGCAUCUAUGGAAAAGAGUACAGUCAAUGCUUCAGGCCAAAAGCCCUUCAGCAGGACUAGGGUCAUUCCCUACGUGAGCGUCCUUUAUUUAGUAUUAGCUGCCUGCAGAAGAUACCUAAUCCCAACCCCCUAGCAGGUCUAAUUCAAAGGGAUCUGCACACCUAAAGGGUUGACCAGCUUUAUGGGAUGGAGUGUGGUGAAUUGGUUGUGGGGAAGAUGCCGUAAGACUGGGGAGAAAAAAAAAUCCAAGAACUGGGGCACAGAAAUGUGUGUAGUGAUAGUGGUUUCAAUAGGUACACUUAAUGUCAGAGAAAUGUAUACAAUGGACAUCCUGAAAUUCUUUUUCUUUGUGGUAUGACAUCUGAUCCACAUCUGCAGCAUUAGAUGCAAAACUGCCCCGAAUGGGGUGGGGGGCUGAUGGUAGUCACAAAGUCCUACAGCAUGGAAUCAAACCCUUCGGCUCAACAUGUCCAUGCUGACAGAGCUCUUCCCACUUUCCUGUAUUUGAUGGAUUCCCCACUAAAACUUUUCUAGCCAUGUAUUUGUCCAAAGUUGCAGCUCAGGUCUCUCUUAAACCUUUGCCCUCUCACCUUAAAUAUAGCUUUAGACUCCAUCCUUCUCAGCCUCCUUAAUUUCAGGAGAAAAAUCUUUCCAACUUAAUCAGCUUCUCAUCACUCAAACUCUCCAGUCUCAGUAACAUUCAUUUUAAGAUUUAAUGUUUGGAAUAAUUAUUAUACUUCAGAGAAUAGCUGUACCAUAGCUAGCAAUGUGUACAGGUGAGCUGGGUCAGAUGGGGUGGAUGAUAGAUUUUGGUACAACCAGGCAAUGAGUGUCAGAAGCAAUUUGAGAAAAGUUCACCAGUCAACUUUGAACUCUGUAGCUCUCAGUAAUCUGCCAGCAUGACAUCAUUCUUCUUUCUGCUGAGUUCAUUAGUACUAAUGUAGACCUGGACAUCUGUCUUUGAUCUUUCCUUUACAGCUAUCCACUAAUACAUUACCUUUCACCAACUUGGACUGUCCCAGAACACAAAGCUGCCAGUUAAACUCAGAGAUCCCUUCCCUAAGCAGGUGAUUUGAUACAGAUUUCCUAUGUCCCACUUAAAGUGAGUUGAGCCAAUUAAUUACUCUGGGUGCAUAAACUUUUUUGGUGUGUGACUCUGGUUUGUGUCACAGUAAUCUUGUGCAUGGGAGUUGUUAAUUGGAGUUACCUGUGUGUGUGAAUGGGGUAGCUGAGAGUAUUUGAGUAUUUUUAAAAUUUCCUUGGAAGUUCUGUCUGCAGCAUGUUAGGGAAUCAGCAAAUGAUGUGUGCAAACUGUUAUCCCGCAGUUCCAUAAUUCCACAUCAGUGAAAUUUACACAUCUGCAGCUUCAUUGUGACACGGUAAAGGGGAUAUUUAUUACUCCUGAUCUAAGCUGUGCCCUCUCUAUGGCCUUGACACCAAGUUAUCCUUCCAUAUGUAAGGAUCCAGCUGCCAAUCAUAUCCCGAGCUGGAUUUGAUUAAACACAGAGUUAUGUGAAAGUAAACCGCAAGGCAUUCUUUGCAAAUAGUGUUUCUGGGAUUCGAAAGCUCCUGAUUGGAAAUGAAUUUGCAUCUGCAUGAGAGUGUCAUUGUGGUUUCUGAUGUGAUCGGUGCAGGAUUGUGUAUUUGUUUUUAAAUUCUUUCAUUGCCUUGCCUUUUAGCAUCUUUGUUAACUUCCCUUAUUCUAAAUAAUUGCUGCAUCCUUGAGUGUACUACUUCACAUGGGCGUCACGGUAGCACAGCGGUAAACGCGAUGCUGUAGCAGCUCAGGGCGUUGGAAUUCACUUCUGGCAUCCUCUGUAAGGAAUUUGUCCAACCUCCGCGUGAACCUGUGGGUUUCCCCUGGAUGCUCCAGUCCGAAGACGUACCGGUUAGUAGGUCAAAUGGUCUCUGUUAAUUGUCCUGUGAUUGCUGGGGUUGCUGGGUGGUGUGGCUCAUUGGGCCAGAAAGGCCUGUUGCGCUGUGUAUUUUUAAAUAAAUAAAAACAUUCUGGGCUUCAGUCCUU